UUUCAUUGUUAUUGUUCUGUGUUCGUUUCCUCAUAUGUUUUUUGCGGUGGCCCUCAACAGAGGGAGGCCCUGGAGGCCUGGCAGAAAGGCCGGUAUGUUUCAUCUGAACAAACAAAAAGCUUUCGGGGAGACUCCUUCAAAACGAAGCAUUUGAAGGCCCUCCAAAAGUUUAGCGAUGGGAACUCGAAGCUUCCUGGAAAAGAAGGUCUUGUGAAAGCUGCAGUCGCGCACUCCAAAUUUCGUCGGUCGCCCGACUCCCGCAAAGACCUGGCAGAGGACGAGUCGAAUGGCAACGCGAUUGACGAAGAGUUGGGAGAAGACUCAGGAAUUGAAAAUUUGGAUAAACCAGAAGCCGAAAUUUCGACAGAAGAAGUCGAAAGCACUCCUGAUGAAGGAACCGAUUCCUCAGGCGUAGCAACUUCUGCCGGUGAAAGUAUUUCGUUGGGAACCACGGUUCCUGAUGCGAACGUCCCUCUGCCUAACUCUGAAGCAAAUACUGCGGAAUCCAGUGCGGUUCUUGCCACAGCUGUUGCAGGCGCAGAACCAGAAUCUCCUCCUUCUGUAGUUUAUGCAGAGAACGAGAGCGCUGAUGUGAUUGGAGGCGAGACUCCAAUCUUACUUGUCACGCUGUCGCCUGAGACACACUCGGCAUCACCAGAAGACUCCGCUGAAAUCAUCAGCCAUCCUUCCGGUGACUCAGAUGAGUCACACUCAGAUUUCCUGUCCAUCGUUACUCUCCCUCCUGAUGAAUCUUCAGAAGAUGAUCUUAAUGUCCUAGAAAUUCCGGAAAUCGUUGACAACUCAAUAAGUUCCGAAGUUGCGGGCGAACCUGCUGGAGGUGACGAAGAGGUAGUCCCCACGACUGUGACGCCCAACUUGCCGAGAGGGCCUUGGCCCUGGGAUCUCCCUACUGAAGGAGGGGAACAGUGCGGUCAGGCGCGCUUUGGACCAGAGGCAAGGGGCAGCAGGCGCCGAAGGACGCUGAAAAUUCUGCAGGGCAAGGAAGCUUUGCCAGGCGCCUUCCCUUGGCAAGUGGCAAUCCUUGAUCAUGACAGGGACCUGUUAUGCGGUGGGACCCUGAUCGCCCCCCGCUGGGUGAUGACGGCAGCUCACUGCGUCAGGAAGAAGCUACACGUGAGGCUGUCCGAGCAUCAUAUUAGAAGCAAGGAUGGCUACGAGGUCGAGAUGAAGGUGCGUCGCAUUUUCCGACACCCAGAGUACAACUCGUCGAGCAUCGACAACGACAUCGCGCUGCUGAGGUUGCCCGCGCUCCCCCCAAUUCCUGACGGGGAAUCUGGCAGAGCUUCCCCAGGCAUCACGUCACGGGCCUGUCUCCCCGCUAAUGGGACAGAUUUUCCCCCCGUGGGCACACGGUGUAUGGUCAUGGGCUGGGGAAAAGAGUCAGUUUCCCACUCUUUUGGGAGUGACAUUCUUAUGUACACGAGGCUCCCUAUCAUCUCUCGCAAGGCGUGUCAGCGAGCUAACCGCAAGACCAUCACGGAGAACAUGUUCUGCGCCGGCCACUACAAGGGAGGCUCUGAUACCUGCUCAGGAGACUCCGGGGGCCCUCUGCUGUGCGCCUACGGAGACAAGCCCGGGGAAGAGACCUGGACCGCUUACGGCGUCACUUCGUUCGGCGACGGCUGCGGCGUGGCCGGCAAGAUGGGCGUCUAUGCUAAAGUGAACAACUACCUGGACUGGAUGGCUGGCAUCAUGAGCCGAUACUUGUAGACUUGUUGGCAUCAGCUGCAUGACAUCAUGAGCCGAUACUUGUAGACUUGUUGGCAUCAGCUGCAUGACAUCAUGAGCCGAUACUUGUAGACUUGUUUGCAUCAGCAUGAGCCGAUACUUGUAGACUUUUUGGCAUCAGCUACAUGACAUCAUGAGCCAAUACUUGUAGACUCGUGUGCAUCAGCUACAUAGCAUCAUGAGCCGAUACUUGUAGACUUGUUGGCAUCAGCUACAUAGCAUCAUGAGCCGAUACUUGUAGACUUGUUUGCAUCAGCUACAUGACAUUAUGAGCCGAUACUUGUAGACUUGUUUGCAUCAGCUACAUGACAUCAUGAGCCGAUACAUGUAGACUUGUUUGCGUCAGCUACAUGACAUCAUGAGCCGAUACUUGUAGACUUGUUUGCGUCAGCUACAUGACAUCAUGAGCCGAUACAUGUAGACUUGUUUGCGUCAGCUACAUGACAUCAUGAGCCGAUACAUGUAGACUUGUUUGCGUCAGCUACAUGACAUCAUGAGCCGAUACAUGUAGACUUGUUUGCGUCAGCUACAUGACAUCAUGAGCCGAUACAUGUAGACUUGUUUGCGUCAGCUACAUGACAUCAUGAGCCGAUACUUGUAGACUUGUUUGCGUCAGCUACAUGACAUCAUGAGCCGAUACAUGUAGACUUGUUUGCGUCAGCUACAUGACAUUAUGAGCCGAUACAUGUAGACUUGUUUGCGUCAGCUACAUGACAUUAUGAGCCGAUACUUGUAGACUUGGUUGCAGCAAACAAUGUCCAUGUGUGUGAUUCUUCUGGCACUUAUUUUGACUCUACAAUUAAUUUGAACUUAUAGAUUCAUUGAAAAUUACAGGUAAAUGAAGUACAUUAAUGUAUGAACUGUAAAAUCAGUUAUUUUGCUUCAACACGAUUAACCUGCGCCGACUUCUGAAAUUAGCAUUUAGGCUCCAUUCAUAUCAUGGUGAAUUACUGAUUCGGAACGUUAUUAAACAGCGUACAAAUUAAUAUAAUUCAUUUAUAGUUUUUUUAAUAAUCACUGACUGAAACAUGCCUAAAAAUAAUCAGAGCUUACGUCUUGGCUAAUAUACGUCAAAUUAUUCCUUCAGAACUAUUUUUGUGUUAGAUUGGAAUUUAGUCAUAUUUAAUUGUGCUACAAUCGUGCUAAACUUUUGUAAUUUUGGCCUAUGAUACCAAAAUAAGCAGUUCUGAAAAAUUGCAGAGGAACAGGGGAAACUGAAAUAAUAAAUAUACGUGAACAAACUUCUUUGAAAGAAUUUUAAACAGUUAUUCAUGACCUUCACUAUUUACGAUUUACAGUUCAACAUCAUUUAAUAACAUCUGUGUUUGUGGCUGAAUGUUUGUCCAUUAAACUAGCAGCAUGA